CGGAGAGAAAGCUCUUGGAGGUGCUUGCAGCGACAAGAACCUGAGUAUCAUCUAUGUUUUGCUUCACUCUCGUGUCGGCGAGCUGGGGCGGCUUGCAUGAUCCGCUUUGUGGGGAAAAUCUAUUGUAGUCCCGCCUGUAAAAAAGCAAGCGUGUGGGCCUGGUUCAGGAUGGCGACGUUCCCGUUGGCAGGUGCGUUCUUAGUGUAGAGCACGAUAAUUCUGUUGAUAUUAGCUAUUAGCAUACGACAUUAGGUAAAAGAAAGAGAGAGAACGUCGAUGUCGGGUCGCUAGCUGAUCCACUAUCCCGAACAAGCCCGUAAACCAGCCGAGAGGCACAAGAUCCCUGCCCAUCUCGCAACUCCAGCGCCAACGUCCUGUGCCGUCCGUCCAGUCCAGGCGGUAGAAAAACAGAAACUGCACAAAACUCCGAAAAAAAACCCAACGGUGCCUUCGCCUCGUCAAGGACUUGAAAGGCAAACCUUUCUACGUCAAGUAGGUUGAUUCGAUGCGUUCGAUCAGAUGCGUGUCCCUGCCAAAUUAUUGGAAAAUGGCACCGAAGAUCAUCAUCUCUUCCUCGUCUUUGUUGUUGUAAGUGCAAUGUUUUCAUAAGCUUUGGAAAUGUUGAUUGUAUGGGCAUUGUCAUCGUGAUGUACCUUUUUGGGGUCACCAAUUUUGAACUUGCUAAUUCUGGCGCCAGAUGCCUCCAUCUCUUGAAUCAGCCUCGAGGCAAAUGAGCUGUGGGAAUGAAUUAGCUGGUUGCACUGCCGAGACAGUUGGAAGAUGGACAAUAGGACAACCACUUCAUGAACCGGAUUUCUAGAUGGAAAUUGAUUCUCAAAACCUCCUUCGGAAGCCCGGAAACGAGGUCGAUCCACAUACAUCCAGUUGUACUGAGGAAAUUCAUGCUUUGCUUCCACAAUUGCAUUUGAGUCAUCUGUCAUGAGAAAUAUGUUGUGUUGCACAUUGAAUUCUGGUUUUAAGUAAUCCUUCAUGGGAAAAUAUUGUCUCUUGUUGUGCAGGUGUAGGACAACAUCCGACCGGCGGACAUGAAUUGCGGUGCAUGGUUGCUGGAUGUUUUGUUUUGUACGAAACUCAUAGACCUUUCUGCGGAGCCAAGUCUGUCGGCGCGUGGCAUAUUCAUAGUACCACUGGUAGUCCUUCCUAUCAUAAAAGGCACCCUCCCGCAGGGGUUUUGGAUCGCCCACUUCUUGAGCAGGACAGCUGGAUAUAGGAAGAAAGUAACAGAACAUGUUGCUUUUACCACAGGCCGGUGGCAUGCCCUUGAAAUUUUCAUGGUCCGGUUUGGCACCGUAAGGAUCAGCAUAGUGCCAAGGUGUAUUCAUCAUUUGUACAGGUUUGUUGUUCAAAACAGCAUGCUUGAAGCCAUCAAUGACAUUCAUGAAAUCGGCAUUCCAACCAGAACUCCACACUCGUUUGGUCAACAUUUGGCUACAAUCGCCAUGAAAAUUGAUAUUGUAGAGCUUGACAAGUAGUUCUCGCUUUUCGACAUUUUGAAUUUUUUGGAAGCAGUAGUGGGUCUCAUUCUCCAUUCCCAUUUCCCACUCUGGUUUGUGUGUCCACCAUUCAUCGGCACUCUGUGACCAUGGGAGACAGAAUUCGUCGCCGGUUGGUUCUGGGAAUGUGGAGCCUGAUGACUUGGUGGUGGUGGUUGCCACGGAAGGAACAGUGGCACUGCGAGCGGCCGUAAAGGAACUCAUUGAGAGUUGAGAUUGUUGUUGCGAGACCGACGUCGCUGCCUUGGAGAUGACUCGUUCAAAUGUUCCCAUGGUCGCGACCGUGACACCCACAAAUAGCCAAAAGACUCGUUCCGAGUUUUGCAAGAAGGGGCUUGGCGCCACUUCCCGUUGCCUCACGAUUUUGCUCCCCUUUACCAUGUUCGAUCGCUUUUAUUGUGGGCUUUGGGACUUGCUGUUUGUGGUCCGCUCUCUAGCUAGAUAACCUCCGUGUAUGCAUUGAUGCGUUGAGAUCUUGGUUGGAUCGCUUGGAGCUGCAGCUGUACCGGUAGAAGGACACUGGCAUGUACCGGUCAUCGUGCCAGUUCCCAGUCACGGUUGAAGUAAAACAGAAGAGCUGUGAAAGCUGCGUUCAGGCCUCCCCACUCACGUCAUGCUUCCGUCAUCAAUCAAACCACCAUGCUACGGUAUGCAACAAACCAAAUGGGCCAUGGCUGCAUGAUCAGUCCUCGAAGAUACCGGUACUCUCUGAUCGCUUGUUGUUGCCCCUGGUGUAUGGAUCGAGAUCGACAUGAUAGAGUGGCCAGGAGACGAUACUAUUGUUGCUGAAGCAUCAUGAUUCGAGCUUCCCGUUCCGCGGCACUGAUGAGAGCGAGGGCUCAUGGCUUGUUUCUUCGGUCAGCAGCUGCAACCGUCCCUUGCGACCUCGAUGGAGGAGAGCGCCGAUGGAUGGGUUCCUUUCACGGCAUCAAGAAGGAUCCAUGGUACAAGGAAUCCCUCCGCAAUGCAGUCUCGGAUCUUCGACAAGAACUCAAUCUUGAGGAACAUCCGCAGUCGCCCCCAGUGCCAAUUUCUCCCGAAGAACCAAGUAAUGUGAUGACGGAAGAUCUAGAAGCGAUGGGAGCUGUGGAUGGGGAAACACCCUCGAAUACGCUCCAAACAAUCCAAGAGCUCGCCAGCCGUCAAGACAAUUGGGCUUUUGUGGACGAUGUGACAAGAAUCUUUACGUUGCUCGAUCAACUUGUCCAGCAAAGGCAGGAGGAGAUGAGUGAACAUUCUCGCCAACGUGCUCUGGAUACGGAGCUCUUGCAUCAAAUCAUUGCCAAAUGGAAAGCCUGUUGGAAAAAGGACAGGUUGUCCGAGGAAGAAAUAGAGAUCUUGCUGAAGCCUUGGGAUCUUCUGGACAAGCUGGAUGACUACCAAAAAUCCCUCUCCUCUGAUUAUGUUUUGGUUAGUGCACCAGACACUACAAUCUACAACAACAUUUUGUCAGUGGCGAGUGAAUGGAAGGGCAGCGAGGCGGAGGAUCAUCAUAUUGCGCUAUUUGUUCAGUCUGUGGUAGAUCAAAUGAAGAUUCAACAACAGGCACUUCCCGACACGCGAACACACAAUCUGCUCAUCAAAUCCUGGGCCAGAGCGGGGAACCUCCAAAAAGUAUUGGACUUGUUUCCUGCGUUGACAAUAGAAGGGGAGACAGACGUGAAUGUCCAUGGCGAUACGCUGCAAGCAAUCACUACAGCAUUCCAAAAUCAGACGGAAAUGUUAUCAGGUUUGGAAAAAUAUUUGGCUACUAGUUCCAUCCCGAGCAAUGGUGGUGAACAAGUAGGAAGAAGAGUCCAUGACAACAAUAAUGUUGCGCAGACGAUCCAGCAGUGGAUGGAAGUACCCAAAGGAGUCGACAAAUGCUUUCGAUACUUGGAUCGUUGUGUCUUAUCCGACAGUGGUCCUUCCAUGGCAUAUUUGCCAAAGGAAGUCUUUUUUGAGCUCUUGAUGGAAUGGAAAAAGUACUGGAUUCGAAAAUCCACAUAUUUGACACCUCGGAGCAUUGUCGACAAGGUGCUUCUCUACCACGAUCGUCCCAAUAAUGGCUGGCGAGCCGAUACACGGAUCUUCAACUUUUUGAUUGCGGCACUGAGGAUCAGUGAUGAGAAAGAUUUGCCGCGAGCACUUGAUUGGGGCAAACAUUUGUUGGAUCGCAUGACGGGCAAAGCGGAUGAUGACGGACCAUUGCCGGAUUCCAAUACUUACAAGGCUUUGAUUCAACUGCAAACCAAGGCUGGUGAUAUGCAAGGAGCACUGGACCUCGUCGUCUCGUUGCGAGACCAAAACGACAACAUGGCUGGGGAGCCCAAAAUUGAACUUUCUCCCGAGAGUUUCGAUGCCUUGUUGGAUGCCUGCAUCCAAUUGGAGGGCGACAAUCGGAAUUUGGGAAAUCUGGCCGAAGGCAUCCUGGAGCUCAUGAGACAGCUCGGGGACGCGGGAAGGCUGUCAGCCGAGGCAACCGAACCGCGUGCCAAGAGAAGGUUGUCUGGGAAGGCUGUUCGGUGCUGGGAAAAGUCAGGGCACCCAAACGCUGCAGAAAGGAUCCAAGCUAUUUUGGCUGACCUUGGUGGAGAAGACACCUGCACUGGAAGCGAUAACGCUGAUGCUUGCAUUGAUGUCACUGAGAUGGAUACUAGUGCCAUGAAGCAUGCUCUCAUCCAGGCGCUUGCAAAGGCAGGAAAAGCCAGAGAAGCACAAGAGCACCUGCAAGAUAUCUGCGAUGCUUAUGAAAUGGGUCAGCAUGAACUGGAGCCAAACACCGCAACGUUCAAUGCAGUUUUAAAUGCGUGGGCACAAAAGGGGGCUGCCAGAGAGGCCGAGGCGGUUAUGAACAAGAUGACCCAGUGCUGUCGCUCUGGAGUAUACAAGCAAGUUCAGCCAAAUGCGUUUUCUUUCAACUGCACCAUUCACGCGUGGGCCAAGUCAAAUCAUCCAAAGUCCAGCGAACGUGCUCUUGAGUUGCUUCAGGAAAUGGAACGACAAUCAUCCCAAGAACCAGACAGCUUCUCACUGCGGCCAACAGCUAGGACCUACACAAGCGUGAUCAACGCACUAGCCAAGAAUGGAAAGGCACAAAUGGCGGAGGAGAUGUUGCUGAAGAUGCAUCGUGCUGCGGACAAGGGGAAUUCUCUCUUGAUGCCCAAUUGGUUGACAUACAAUGCAGUAAUCGAUGCUUGGGCGAGAUCAAAAAUGGACAAUUCUGGAGCCAAAGCCGAAAGACUGCUAGCCUGCAUGUAUGAGUUUCAUCGCGAAGGGUUCAAAGAUAUCUUGCCGGAUGUUGUGACCUACAAUAGCGUACUCUUCGCCUGGGGAAACUCCAAAAGUCCCCGGGCAGGUUUGGAGGCCGACAGACUAGUUGGAGAGAUGCUGGAAGCACACAAAACUGACAAUCAUACAGAGCAGCUCAAGCCGGACGGUGGGACUUAUUGCUACGUGAUCUAUGCUUGGUCCAAAUCUGGCAACAUGAAGAGGGCCGAGGAUCGUCUGAAGUCUCAAUGCGACAACUUCCUUCGGGGUGACAUCAACAUAGCACCCGAUAUUCGCUCUUUGAACUUUAUUCUGGAUGCAUGGGCAGAAUCAGGGUUGGAGGAUGCUGGAGACAAUGCUGCGCGCCUUUUGAAGGAAUUCUCCCAACAGUCCAAAUCCGGUCCAAUCGGAAUGAUGCAACCCAACGCGAUCAGCUACGCCGCUGUGAUCAAGGCGCACAGUCGGUCGAACAGCCCUGAGAGUGGUAAGAAAGCAGAAGACACACUGGGCGAGAUGCUUCAAGUCGGCUUGCGCCCCAACAUUCAAUGCUACGGCAGUGUCAUGCAUGCCCACUCGCGACAAGGAAACUUUUCCCGCGUAGAAACCCUUCUGAAUGAAAUGACGGACGAGUGUACAAAAGGUCAAGUCAAAAGCGAGCUUCCGACAACACGAGCGAUCGAACCAGAUACCCAAUGCUUCAACAUGCUGUUGAUGGCGUAUUGUAACUCAAGAGAUAGCGAUGCUGGACCCAAAGCCGACGCACUUUUGAAGCGAAUGGAAAAUUUUCACCAGCAGGGCACCUUGUCUCGUGCCAAGCCAGACCGCUUUUCGAUUCAAGCAGCAAUUUGGUGUUGGAGGCAAUGCAGCAAUGAACACCCCAGUGCCAACGAACGGAUAGCCAGCUUGACGAAAAGGCUGCAAUCGUUCAAAGGUGACAAAGCCAGAGGAAAGCGUCGAGUUUGAUGCUGCGACAGAUACGUACUGAAGCAACAAAUUUCAAGUUCUCUCUGAGAAGGGCAUGCCGCGAUAGAGGCCGAGUGUCCCACAACGCGUCACCUCUGUUGAUAGACCAACAGCAGUUAGCAAAGAAUUCGGCUCCCGCCGAGCAUAUGUGACGGUGACGGCGAAUGAGGUUCUUCGCCACAUGUUGAUGAAUACUCCACGUUGGAACGAGACCCCUGGCCAAAAGCCUUUCCAGUUUCUAGCUAUUAAUAGUGUCAAGUAGAGUUUCGUCAUUGAAAGGAACUCAAAAAGUACAGACCUAACCAGUCAAAUACAUGUAUGCUGAUGUUUCCCAGUUAAAAGUCUAAUGCUAGCAAGAAUCUCAUUAUCGGCUGGUCCUUUUCUUUUUCUUCUUUUUGUCCACU